GCAGCGCCCUCUCCCGCCCUCCCAUCAGCGCCUCUGGGUCCGACCCUCCUCCAGCCAGGCCCCCUCGAAGCCCCCCCUGCUCACCAAGCACCGGCCCGACUUCUCGCCGCCGGCCUGAGCACCGCUUGAGGGCAGGGCGCGGCCUCCUAUAAUGGCGGGGAGGAGGACCCACCGGGCGGCCUGAGGGUGAAGCGGAACCGCCGCGCGUGGCCCAGCCCGGGAAAGGAAGAGGUGGAGCCGGGCAGGCGGCUCCUGGUGCAGACAGCGGCGCCGAAGAGAGGGGGAAGGGAGAGAGGCGCGAAGACUACAGUCCCCGUCAUGCAUCUGGAGCGCUGCGGCGCAAGGCUUCCCCGAGAAGGGAUCGCCGCCGCAGGUCUUUCCCGGAAGAGAAAAUGUGGCUGUGUGUAGUUGGGCAUUUGAUCACACGCGCGCGCCGCUCCCCCGCUUUAUUAGGAUAAUGUGCAGAUUCUCUCGUUUUCUUAUGACUACUGUUGUUAAUUAUUCUCCGCUGGAUCAUGUCCCCAUUCCUUAUCUCUUACAAUUUAGGCAUCCUUAGGACUGUUUAGCAACCAUGUUGACAUAUUUAUUGUUGCACCGACCAAAGUCAAGGAAAACCCAAGAAACAACUUCAAUAAACAUAGCGGUUCGCUGAAAACUUGCGGUUUUAAAACCGAGGCUACCUUUUCCCGCGGAAAAAAAUGGCUGACGGAGCAGGAGCAGGCUGCUCGAACGAGACAGAGAGCGCUUCGAAAGAUGCUGCAGAGACCUCUCCUCGCUGUUACUUCAAAUUGAAUCGCAGAGGUCGGACAAUUCGAAGCCAGACUCAGCAAGUAAUCAUGAAUGUGUAUUCGCGCAUUAGGGAAGAGCACCCAAGCCUUACUGUCGAGGAAUGUGUAGAAGAAACCUCGAGAUUAACUGGCAUGUCUUCUGCACCCAUCUACAGGGCAAAGAAGCUGUGGCACACAACAGGUGGAGUUCUUCAGACGCCAGGCAAGAAACGUCCUCGCAAAUCCGGGACAAAGAGAAGAGAUGUGAAGUGUGACAGUUUUUCUCGCUGCGCAAUUAGAGGUAUUGUACAUAAGUAUUUCUUCAGAAACGAGCCACCAACACUGAAGAAAAUACUCAAUGAUGUCAACAGCGACCAGGAUCUACCUUGCAUUUCCCAAACAACACUGCACAGCAUUUUGAAAGACAUUGGCUUUGCCUACAAUCGCAGGCAUAAGGAUUGCACUUUGACUGACAAGCCUGAAAUUAUAGCUUGGAGGCACCAAUACCUGAGAAAGAUUCGACAGUUCCGUUCAGAGGGAAGGAGCAUUUUUUUUCUGGAUGAGACAUGGGUGAACACAGGACACACAGUCCCAAAAUGUUGGCAAGAUCAUGCUGUGAAGUCAGCGAAGGGUGCAUUCCAUAGGGGCUUGUCUACAAGACUCAAAGAUCCACCUGGCAAGGCCAGUCGCUUGAUUUGUGCUCACUGUGGGAGCGAGGAAGGCUUUGUGGAGGAUGCAUUGCUUCUGUUUAAGUCGAAAACAACAAGCGAUUACCAUCAGGAAAUGAAUGUGGACAACUUUGAGAAAUGGUUUGCCGAGUUGCUGCCUAAGCUGCCUCCAGAAAGUGUAAUUGUGAUGGAUGACGCCUUUUAUCACUCAGUGAGGUCCGAGACGAUCCCAACAACUAAAUCUGGAAAGGAAACCAUUAGGACAUGGCUAACAGAGAAGGGCAUCUCUUGGGACCACGAGCAAGUGAAGCCUGAGCUACUGCUUCUGGUGCAAAGGGAAAAGCACAGAUUUGUUCGGUAUAAAACAGACGAGAUGGCUGUUGCUGCUGGGCAUAAAGUGCUUCGCCUCCCUCCCUACCACACGGAACUGAACCCCAUAGAAUUGGCAUGGCGUUACAUAAAAGGACAUGUGGCACUUAACAAUAACACCUUUAAACUGGAUGACGUGAAGAAUUUAUUCGUGGAAGGAGUACGUGCAGUGACCCCAGAGAUGUGGAGCAGUUUCAUCCAGCACGUGAUGGAGAAGGAGAAGCAGUUCUGGGAUCUUGAUUUUCUCCAGGAAAACAAUGAAACUUCCUCAAUAAAGAUCUCUCUGGGGUCAGAUUCUGAGAGUGAUUCCUAUGAGAGUGAGGAUAUUUAUGAAUAAACACAAGUAAUUUCUGUUAAUAAGUGAAUGAACAUUUAAUUAAUAAAUCUGCCUGUUUUGAAUAAAAAGUGUUGUUUAAACCUA